AUGUCUCCACCCUAUGUAACAGUCUACUGUCUUGCCGCAGAUGGAGCACGCAGAUUCAUGGGGAACGCCCUCGACAUUGGCUGGGAAGGCAUAAAACCGAAUACGACAUGGGCAGUGCUAGACUGCUGGAUCGACAGCACAUUUCCAGUGACUAGGAAGAUCGUAACACUGCAAGUAGACAGCGAGUCAAGGAUGACAUGGAUCCCGCGUGAGCGGGGCAUGCAGCGAUUCUACGUCUUGCUCGAGGGUGAGAUCACACACGAGAAGACUGAAGUCUCGAUAAGGUGGCAUAUGGCACCCCAACUUGUUGAGUUCACACACAUCGAGUGGUUUAGCAAGUUCGAGGUUAAAGAACGCGUCGCAUCCACCUUCUUGCAUCCCACAGCCAGCGGCCCCUUCAUCCUCGCUGGCGACGCCGCACACGUGCACUCCGUGAACGGCGGGCAGGGCAUGAACACAGGGCUCUCCGAUGUCUUCAACUUAAUCUGGCGCCUGCAUUUCCUUCUCCAAUAUCCAUCUCUCCCGUCAUCUACAACACACGCAAUUUUAUCGAGCUACAAUAUCGAGCGCCGCAAGAUAGCAGAAGGCGUCAUCGACGUCGCAGCUAAACUUGUCUGGAUGGGAGUGCAUUACUCCGGCCUGGAAUCGCCGCUUGUCCACCAAUCAGAGCACGGGGUGUGGAAGGCAGGACGCCAGGCACCGGACCUGUGGCUCGCUCAUCCCGCUACGGGUAAUACAGUGCGCUUACACCAGAAACUCACAUACGGGCGCUACCUUCUCGUGAUUGUAGGUGCACCAAGGAACAAGGUCCAGUUCUUGGAAGAGCAGUUUGCGACUUCGGUCAGAUUGACAGGGUUGAAAGCACUAGGCAUGGGCGCACGAAGGCGUUAUGAGGAUGCUGUGGAAGAAGAGGUCCAUGCCGAUGCGUAUGGCUGCUCGUGGGUCAAAAGAGGGGAUGAGUAUGGUGUACUUGUACGGCCAGAUUGCUAUGUUGAGUUUGUAGGAGGCAUAGAGAAGGCUACUUUAUUACUAUGA